AUGUCCACAGAGCACCUGGAAUUAGACGCCGAGUAUGGCGCUCUUGCAUUCGACUGUUACGUCGUGGACCAUUGGAAGGACGAUUCUCCUGAGGAAAGCCAGCAACAAUGGGAGCGACUGGUAUGGGAAUAUCAAAGACUGUCUCUCAAAGAGCGUAAUAAAUACCACCAUCGCACUCAGAGCAUCCCCAUGGAGAUAACCCCCACCCAUGUCCAAAUCCUCCGCACCCACCAAACCAUCUACGAGCGCAACCUGGGCAUCCCAAACUGCACAGGGAUCCAGACUGUCUGGUUGCGCACGUGUUACGAUGCGGACGUUGCCGAGAAAUACGCAGAUAUGAAGGCCGACGCGUAUGUCAUCGGAGACAAGGUCCUAGACGACCCCGCGCGGUAUGCCUUCGCUGAGGACUGGCGAAUGGUUCUCGGGCGUAUGCCCGGCAUUACGGAUUUUUGGGGUCUUUCUGACCAGAACGGCGAUGGAGCCAUGCUCAAGUAUCGGUCGGGGUUGGACGAUGGGGCGAUCCGGGCUCAGUACGAGAGGAUCGAGGAUGCGGAUGCUCAGACUCUGGCGCUCAAGGCGCUGGAGUUCCAGGCGUUGUUGUAUUUGGUAGAUCGCGAGGCUAUUGAAACGGGACUCAUCAAGCUACUCUGGCUGGAUGAGCAUGGGUGCAGUGCUUGGGAGAAUCGGGUGGCCCCGGCGAGCAUGUACCAGUUGGCAGGCGCGCUUCUCGGUGCCACGGGUCUUGGGGAACUCACACAAGGGAAUGCCACGCGAGGCUGUUUAAUCGAACUAUAG